CCCUGGGAUUGCCCCGCGUAUAUAGUGUGGUGACAGUGGAAUAGUGUUCGCAGGUAGUUUGGUGACAGUGGAAUAGUGUUCGCAGGUAGUUACUUCUUUUGAGGGGCAAUGAUACCCCAAGCCCAGCUGCCUAGCUGACGCGAAGAAGGUCGCCACCGCAAGCUGACUUUGCUUACUGGAGUAUCGUAGAAUUGUCGUGUUUAUCCUGCCUAGAGAUGAAAAGCUGGUCUAGAAAGAUUGCUUGCUUCGUUGUGUUGUGUUGGUUCUGCAGAACCACUUUGCUCGUCAAUGCUCAGCUGGAGGAAGCAAACUUUCAAAUCUUAUACGAGUAUUUCCUUAACAUCCCACUGUGUAAUUUAGGGUGUACUGGUCUUCCAAAGGACGUCAAGGUCAUACAUUUGGUUUAUGUCUUGCAAUAUGUUCCCAAACCCCUUCCAACCUGGCAUCAGCUCAUUUACGAUCAUCCUUUUCAUACCCUCGAGAACGGUGACGUUAUUGUUUUAGAUUCUUCGUUGGGAUGGCUGUCAUAUGCCAUUGUCAGCAACACUGAUCCCGGUGCUGGGAGAGUUAUUUGCUUUGCCAAUGAGCAUGCGCAGCCUGUAUUUGAUGUGUCAGCUUUGUUUGAAUCUGGCAAUGUACGCCUGAGAGAGAUCCCUAUUAAUUUGUUGAGAGCUGUUAUGAACUCUACCAGUUUCACCAUUGUCAAGCAAGAAAACAAAGUGUUAACUUUACAGCGUGCGUUGGUGUUGUUGAGAGACAACCCAAAGUUUAAUCUUUUCCGGUUCAACUCUGAGCAUUUUGCAACCGGUGCUUUAAUGGAGGAACGAGUAAGCAACCAGAUUACUAAUCUGCAGGGGCACAUUAAGAAACAUCUAAUUAGUGGUGGGCUGGCAGCAGCAGGCACGAAAGAAGGAAGCCAACUUCUAAAUUUGGUUCAAAAACAGUUGAUGUUAGGAAUGUCCAAGGCCACAGAAGAAACUGUUAAAGUUGGAGUAAAGCAAGCCGCCAGAGAAGGAGUGAAGCAAGCAGCCAGAGAAGGAGUAAAGCAAGCCGCCAGAGAAGGAGUAAAGCAAGCUGCCAGAGAAGGAGUGAAGCAAGCCGCCAGAGAAGGAGUAAAGCAAGCCGCCAGAGAAGGAGUAAAGCAAGCUGCCAGAGAAGGAGUGAAGCAAGCCGCCAGAGAAGGACUAAAGCAAGCCGCCAGAGAAGGAGUAAAGCAAGCUGCCAGAGAAGGAAUAAAGCAAGCCGCCAAAGAAGGAGUAAAGCAAGCUGCCAGAGAAGGAGUAAAGCAAGCCGCCAAAGAAGGAGUAAAGCAAGCUGCCAGAGAAGGAGUGAAGCAAGCCGCCAGAGAAGGAAUAAAGCAAGCCGCCAAAGAAGGAGUAAAGCAAGCUGCCAGAGAAGGAGUAAAGCAAGCCGCCAGACAAGGAGUAAAGCAAGCCGCCAGACAAGGAGUUAAGCAAGCGGCCAGAGAAGGAGUAAAGCAAGCUGCCAGAGAAGGAAUAAAGCAAGCUGCCAAAGAAGGAGUAAAGCAAGCUGCCAAAGAAGGAGUAAAGCAAGCCGCCAGAGAAGGAAUAAAGCAAGCCGCCAAAGAAGGAGUAAAGCAAGUUGCCAGAGAAGGAGUAAAGCAAGCUGCCAGAGAAGGGGUAAAGCAAGCCGCCAGACAAGGAGUAAAGCAAGCCGCCAGAGAAGGAGUUAAGCAAGCGGCCAGAGAAGGAGUAAAGCAAGCGGCCAGAGAAGGAAUAAAGCAAGCCGCCAAAGAAGGAGUAAAGCAAGCUGCCAAAGAAGGAGUAAAGCAAGCCGCCAGAGAAGGAAUAAAGCAAGCCGCCAAAGAAGGAGUAAAGCAAGCUGCCAGAGAAGGAGUAAAGCAAGCUGUCAGAGAAGGGGUAAAGCAAGCCGCCAGAGAAGGAGUCAAGCAAGCCGCCAGAGAAGGAGUAAAGCAAGCCGCAAGAGAAGGAGUUAAGCAAGCCGCCAGAGAAGGAGUUAAGCAAGCGGCCAGAGAAGGAGUUAAGCAAGCGGCCAGAGAAGGAGUAAAGCAAGCCGCCAGAGAAGGAGUAAAGCAAGCCGCCAGAGAAGGAGUUAAGCAAGCCGCCAGAGAAGGAGUAAAGCAUGCCGCCAGAGAAGGAGUGAAGCAAGCCGCCAGAGAAGGGACAAAGCAUGCCGCCAGAGAAGGAGUAAAGCAUGCCGCCAGAGAAGGAGUGAAGCAAGCCGCCAGAGAAGGGACAAAGCAUGCCGCCAGAGAAGGAGCAAAGCAAGCCGCCAGAGAAGGAGCAAAGCAUGCCGCCAGAGAAGGAGCAAAGCAUGCCGCCAGAGAGGGAGUAAAGCGUGCCACCAGAGAAGGAGCAAAGCGUGCCGCCAGAGAAGGAGUAAAGCGUGCCGCCAGAGAAGGAGUAAAGCAAGCCACCAGAGAAGGAACUAAACAACUCGUGAAGGAAGGAUCAAAGUCUGUAUCAACAGCAGCUAAGAUUGUCAAUGGAGUCAAGAAUGGUGCCAAAUCAGGAGUUGUUUUUGGGGUAUUUGUGGAAGGGGUGUUUCUAUCUUAUAGAUUGCAACAGUCAUAUAACCAGUUCAGUCGGGAGGAAAUUAGUAAAAGGCAGUUUCGUCGCCAGGUCAUGAGUGAUGUGGGGUCUUCUGGUGGCUCAUGGGCUGGGGGAGCCGUUGGAGCUGCUGUUGGAACAGCUGUGUUUCCAGUGGUGGGGACAUUUAUUGGAGGGGUUGUUGGAGGAAUACUGGGCAGCUUUGUGGGGUCGAAAGUUGGUGAGGCCACUGAUCACGUAGUGUUUGAACUGUAAAGUAUCAUUUAGCUUUCACUACAAAUUCCCAAAUGACACUUCCCUUUUCUUUAACUGGUAAAUGUGUAAUUAUGCAUAAUGCUGGAUUCAUGUAAGUGUUUUAUAACAUGGUUUACAGUAAAUAUUCUCCUGAUUUA